GUAGAUGAACUGCAAGCGCGUUGACGCACGAGUUGCUUGUAUGCAUUCAUUCAUUAGAGACGUGGAGAAGGAAGCAUCAUUUUAGCCGCACGUUGCCUUCCCGCUGGAGAAAGAGGCCGACAAUAUUCCAACACCUUCUUGACAUUCAUCACUUCCAGUCAAGUCCAGAAGAUGUUGGGAUCACAAUUUAUUGUUCGAUCAAUAGCAUUUGUGCUUUUGUUGAUCAACUUGCAAUACUGUUCAGCUCUCAAGAUCUUGAUCGGCAAUGAUGAUUCAUGGGGAACAGCAAAUAUUCAUGCUUUAUACAACACCGCCAAAGCUGCUGGUCAUGAUGCCAUAAUCGCUGCACCUGCUAUGCAACAAAGUGGAACGGAUGGAUUGCGACACAAACCUACAAGAUUGGCAAAAAAUGGUGCUUUCAAUCUCGUACCCGCAGGUGCUCCAGCAGAAGGACAUGACCCUAAAGAUGAUCAUGUUUGGUACAUCAACUCCACACCAGCAAGUAGUAUCGAAUACGGAUUGAACGAAUUAUGUCCACGUUACUUCAAAAGUGAUCCUGAUUUGGUCAUCACUGGAACAAAUCAGGGCAACAACCUUGGCUUAUCAUACCUCGGUUCUGGAACAUAUGGUGCAGCCAAAUUUGCAGUCACUUCAAAAGAUAUUCCCGCAAUUGCCUUUUCAGCAGGUGAUUCUGCCGAAAGAGAAUACACAGAACUUGGCGGCCCCAAUGAUCAAGCAAACAUUUAUGCUGCGAUGGCAUUUGAUCUGAUCAAUCAACUUAUCGUGAACAAAGAUAAGGGAGCCGAAGCAGCAGGACGCCUAUUGCCAAGUCGGACUUUACUCAACGUUAAUUUCCCUGAUCAGACAAAGUUCAAUUGUCAAUCUUCUCAGUCAAAAUGGGUAUUAACACGUAUCCUUGGUACGCUUGAUCCAAGUCCUGAUACAUGUACUUGCGGCGAAAAAAAGCUUUGCAAGCUUCCGACUGAAUCAAGCGUAUUCAGAGAUAGCUCACAUGGAUGUACGAAUUCCAUCUCUGUAUCUGUUCCAAACCUCAAUCCUGACGCUUCGGCAGAUCAACAGAAAGCCGUCGAUGAAAAACUUCAUAACUUACUCUCUUGCCUUUCAUAGACAUUUUUCUUACUUCAGGAAUGCUAAUAAUCUAAUGGACAUUUGGUUUAUAUGAAAAAUUUGCCCUGAUCUUUACAGAGAAAUACGUUUAGCGCUGCUUAAAGUGCCAUCAAGCCUGGAUCUUCGAGGUAUUGUUUGAGCUUGACCAAGAAUGUGACAGCUUCUCUAC